UCUUCUCGCACAUGCCCUGCACGAUCUUGGAAAGAGUUCCGCCAACUCUGGAUCCCGGCAGAAUCUAGUCCCGUGUUCGGAAUAGUGAGCAGCAGCUCAGCCUGCAGAGCAAGCGAUUUCAUUUCUGUGUAUUCCCGAAGGCUCUCGCGGCCGGGAUCUGAUGGUUGUUGUGGGUUCUCUCGGUGGUGGUGGUGGUUGGAAGGGCGGCACCUUGAAGAGGUAACGUCUGGCUGCAAAGAUCGCCAAGAGAGACAAAGCGACGGGGGCGCGCCGGCUGCCUGCAGGACUGAAGUUCUCGGCAGCCCCGUCGCUCCGAGAAGGCGGCAGACCUGCUGGGUGUCUUCUGGUGGAAGUGAAAGAGGACGAGAUGAGACCCCUCGGUCUGAAUAGGGCCCAGAGAACAUGGCAUAGAAUGAGACUGAACAGAUCCCCUCUAGCUGGAUGCUGCCUCUUGCUCACCUUAUCUGCCAUCGCUCUCACUAGCUUCUCUCCAGCAUCCCUGAGUGAAAGCAUGGAGUCCAGUUUCCAUUUUCUGCCAAGGGAUGAUUCACAUGGGAAAACUGUCCAUUUUCAGCAUAUCUGGACAAAUUCCAUUGCCCGGCAGGCAUGGCAUGUCAACUACAGAAGAAGUAUCAACCCUCAGAAGAGUCAAGUCACCCCAAGCCCUGGUCCUGCCUGCAGGCAAGAGAUCAAGCAAAGUAGCCCAGGUGAGCAGCAUCUCAGGGACUUACAAGGUAGGAGAAAGUCCAAUGGAGAGAUGAGAAAACUCAACAUUGCACGAGGAAGUGUUGAACGCAGUGGAAGAUUCCAGCACAAAGACUAUCCUUCCAGGAUUAAUUACAAAAAGAAAAAGAGAUUUCAUGCUUUUACUCAAAAGAAUACUGGGAAAGUCCUGAGCCUUUCCUGGCACCCACCUGAGAGAGGGGUAGAUGGGAAACCACAGAGGCACAAGGUCCCCUUUUCUCCUCUUUUACAAGAUAGGAAGCUUGACACUCUUUUAUUUCUUCGAAACACUUUUACAAACCAGCUUACUGUGCCACAAGAGCAACGUAAACCAGAUCUGCAGGUAGCGGGCAUAGAACGCCAAGCCUCAAUCAAAGCUAUUAUGGUGGACAAGCAGUCCUUCUGGAGGAGAACAGGCACUUGGAGACAGAAGGAGAACCUUCAUUCUCAGGAUCCACAGAGAACUCACUUGGGGGCCAGGAAUGCAGAGGGGCUGCAGAACUCAGGAUGGUGCAGAGAGCUGAAAGACAGUGGCAAUCCUGGAAAACUGGACGGUCGACAGAAGUUUGGUGAGGAGAACCCUCCAUGGUUUACUCUGGAUGAUAUACAGAAGAUGAAGUUUCUGGCCAACAGUGCAGUGGUAGAUAAGGACAGAAUCCCUGCUCAUGGGCAGAUACUCAGAGUUGCUCUUUCCUCCAAGCAGGGUGUCCAUUCCUAUGACUCCGAAAGCCUCUGCUUGGAGGGGCUGUGUGGUUUAAUCAAAAGGCCCACUGAUCUCUAUGAGGUUCUGGCUUUCCAUUUGGAUAGGGUGCUGGGGCUGUAUCGUAGUCUACCUGUGGUGGCUAGGAAAUUCAGCAGCCACCUGCUACCCUACAAAUACACCAAUGGUGCCAUUCGGCCCAUUGUGUGGUGGGCACCUGAUAUUCAACAUCUGAAUGAUUCAAAUAAUGACCAGAACUCCUUUGCUCUAGGAUGGCAACAGUAUCAGGAGUUAUUGAAGCAACGGUGUGGCAUGGAAGAUUAUGGAACACCUCUUGGGAAAGCUCCUUGUUUGACUAUCCUCCAUUCAGAAUGGGCCAAACUCGGACUUUUUGAUUUUCUCCUACAGGUGCAUGACCGUCUGGAUCGAUACUGCUGUGGCUUUCAGCCAGACCCUUCAGAACCCUGUGUUCAGGAAAUGCUCCAUGAGAAAUGCCGAAACCCUGCAGAGUUGUUUUUGGUUCAUAUCUUGAUCCAGAGGAACAAGCCUUCUCAGUUGGUAUUUAUUGACAAUGCAGGAAGACUUCUUCAUCCAGAAGCAAAACUUGAUUUCAGGCUCCUGCAAGGCAUAGAUGGGUUUCCUGAGACAGCUGUGACUGUGCUCAAGUCAGGAUGUUUACAAAACCUGCUUUUACAAUCGCUGUAUGUCGAUCAGCAAUUCUGGGAAGAUCAAGGUGGGUCGGCAGAACUGAAACAAUGGCUUCAAACCAUUGACAGAAGAGGACAGAUCCUGCUUCAGUACAUCCAGGAACACAACUUGACAGUCUUUCAAGACUUAUCACUGUAAACAUUGUUGAGAAGAGUGAUACAAUCCUUUAUACCUACUAUGGAAAAGAACUUUGAAUUCUUUUUCUGAAAACAACUUCAUCACUACGACGUGAGCCAAUAUCC